GGAACCAGUGCAGAGCAGGACAAUCGCUUCAGCAACAAGCAGAAGAAGCUGUUGAAGCAGUUGAAGUUUGCAGAAUGCUUAGAAAAGAAGGUGGACAUGAGCAAAGUAAAUCUGGAAGUAAUCAAACCAUGGAUAACAAAACGAGUAACAGAAAUCCUUGGAUUUGAAGAUGAUGUAGUAAUUGAAUUUAUAUUCAACCAGUUGGAAGUGAAGAACCCAGAUUCCAAAAUGAUGCAAAUCAACCUGACUGGUUUUUUGAAUGGGAAAAAUGCUAGGGAGUUCAUGGGAGAACUGUGGCCACUGCUAUUAAGUGCACAAGAAAACAUUGCUGGUAUUCCAACUGCAUUUCUGGAACUGAAGAAAGAAGAAAUAAAACAACGACAGAUAGAGCAGGAGAAACUGGCUUCCAUGAAGAAACAAGAUGAAGACAAAGAGAAGAGAGAUAAGGAAGACAAAGACAACAGAGAGAAGAGAGACAGAUCCAGAAGUCCAAGAAGCCACUCGCGCUCCCCCCACCACCGCACCAAGAGCCGCAGUGCCACCCCUGCCCCCGAGAAGAAAGAGGCCACUCCUGAGCCAGAGCCCUCCGUGAAACCAAAGGAGACCAUUGUGCAAGAGGCAGCUUCCAACAGUGAUAUCCCAAAAGCUCCUAAACCUGAACCACCUGUACCAGAGACUAAGGAAACUUCACCAGAACGUAAUUCAAAGAAGGAGAGGGAGCGGGAGAGGGAGAGGGAGAAGGAGAAGGAGAAGACUCGUCAGAGAUCCCCAUCUCGGUCCAAGUCCAGGUCAAGGUCCCGGUCCCGUUCUCCGUCUCAUUCCCGACCCAGAAGGCGCCAUAGAUCACGGUCCAGGUCUUACUCCCCUAGAAGGCGACCCAGCCCGCGGCGCCGGCCGUCCCCGCGCAGGAGGAGCCCGCCCCGCAGGAUGCCUCCCCCCCCCAGGCACAGGAGGAGCAGAUCCCCCGUCAGGCGGAGAAGACGCUCCUCGGCCUCGCUGUCCGGCAGCAGCUCCUCCUCGUCCUCGUCGCGCUCCCGCUCUCCACCAAAGAAGGCUCCCAAGAGACCCGUGUCCAGCCCGCCCCGCAAAACGCCAUAAGAGUACUGAGAAAAGAGAGUCUCCUUCGCCAGCACCCAAGCCCAGGAAAGCAGAAUUGUCAGAAUCAGAAGAAGACAAAGGAGGCAAAAUGGCUGCAGCAGAUUCUGUCCAACAGAGGCGUCAGUACAGGAGGCAAAAUCAACAGUCUUCAUCUGAUUCUGGUUCUUCAUCUUCCUCAGAGGAGGAGAGGCCCAAGAGGUCGAACGUGAAGAACGGGGAGGUGGGCAGGCGCCACCGGCACUCGCACUCGCGCAGCCCCUCGCCCCGCAAGCGCCAGAAGGAUUCCUCCCCUCGGAUGCAGAUGGAAAAGAGGUGGCAAUCACCAGUGAUGAAAAGGUCUCCAUCACCGCCCCCGCGCAGACGUUCUCCCUCUCCACGCAGAUACUCCCCCCCGAUCCAGAGGCGCUAUUCCCCAUCUCCCCCUCCCAAGAGGAGAACAGCCUCUCCUCCUCCCCCUCCCAAAAGAAGGGCCUCCCCUUCCCCCCAGUCCAAGCGCAGAGUCUCCCACUCCCCACCGCCCAAACAGAGGAGCUCCCCCACUGCCAAGCGGCGCUCCCCUUCCGUGUCUUCCAAGCAUAGGAAGGGGUCUCCCCCCAGCAGAUCCAACAGGGAAACACGUUCUCCACCACAAAACAAAAGGCAUUCACCUUCACCACGGCCUCGAGCUUCCCACCCCUCCUCCAGCCCUCCGGCGCCGCGCCGGGGAGCGUCGGCGUCGCCGCAGAGGAGACAGUCACCCUCACCCAGCAGCAGGCCCAUCAGGAGGGUGUCCAGAACGCCAGAGCCCAAGAAAACAAAGGCUUCCAGCCCCAGCCCCCGGCGCGUGUCCUCGUCCCGCUCUGCGUCAGCGUCCCCUGAGGCAGCUCCCAAAAAGCACCCGGGGCCUGCAUCUCCCGCCCGCUCUCGCUCUCCCUCUGCAAACUGGUCACCUGCAAAAAAGGCCAAGAGCCCAACUCAGAGCCCAUCACCUGCCAGGAAUUCAGAUCAAGAAGGUGGUGGCAAGAAGAAGAAGAAAAAGAAGGAUAAGAAGCAUAAAAAGGAUAAAAAGCACAAGAAACACAAAAAGCAUAAGAAGGAGAAGGCAGCAGCAGCUGCAGUAGCUGCUGCUGUGGCUCCAGCAGACACCACCUCAGCACAGGGAGAGCAGGAAGCAGAGACAGAACCCAAAAAGGAGACAGAGAGCGAACCCGAGGACAACCUGGAUGACCUCGAGAAGCACCUGCGGGAGAAGGCGCUGAGGUCCAUGAGGAAGGCGCAGGUGUCCCCCCCCUCCUAGGCCAACCCUUUGAUAUAAUGUACAUUUUCUUUGGUUUGUACUCAGAAUUCAAUUUCAAAUUGCUAAAUGUGUUUGAGCUUUAGAAUAUAACAUUUGUUGUAAUAAUUGCUAGGUUGAGGUUCACCAUGUACAAAGGGCAUGGAUUUACAUUACAAAAGGUGUCCACAGUGUACUAGUGACAUUCUUUCAUUGACAGCAUAAUUUCAUUUAGAGUGAGACUUUUUAGAAGCAGUAGGAAUUUGUUUUGGAGGUUUGAAACAUGACCGUCAGUUCCCUCAUUUCUUUGAAAUCAGCAGAGCCUUGAGCAGAAUUUGUGAGGGGCUCAUUUGACUUCUUUUGUAUCACUUACAUGAUGCUACUAACCUUUGUGGUUUGUAGGCUUGCCCAGGAGUAAAACCACUGCAGAAUUCAAGGAAAUACAUCUCUAUUUUAAUGCUUUCUACUGUUGCCUGUAUAGUCUCCAUAAAGCCAAUCAAGAAUAGCAAUUUAGAGUGGUACAUAAAUGAAAGCAUGUUGUUUACCAGGACACUGUGGGUUUAUAUUGAUGUAACAUGUUGAUUUGGAACACUGGAAUUUCAUUUGUAUUUUUAUGUUCUUUUUUUAAAGGGCAGUUUCCAUGAUCAGCAGACCCAGAAAAAAAAUAAUAAUUCCUUCAGUUCCAUAAAUUUUGUUUGUGAGCUGUCGUUGCCCCAUUCAUAAAUCUUGUCUCGUUACGGUUCUUCGGAAUGGUCUGAGCAACUUUCAGAGCUGUGUUCUUUGAAAGUGUAGAGGAACCUGAACUUUGGAUAUUGUCAUGUUUUCACUGUUCUUUGUUUUUGUUUUUUUAACUAAAGCUAUAUAAAGCUUGUGGAUUAAACAAAAUAAAUUUCUAAAUUUAAACAGA